AUGAGCGUCAAGGGACGAGUUGUCCACCACAAUCAAUUGAAACAGUUUCAUGACGUCCGCGAACCUGACACGGCGGAUAAUAACACGGUGGACCCAAAGGAAGAGGAGAACGACUCGCCAGCAACUGAUGAUGCAGUUAUAGUCAUUGAAAGUCCAGAUGUUGCCGCUCCAAUUGAAGACGUAGAACAAGAUAAUAAUAAUCCGGCUGAGCAACCUGAACCAACUAACGACAAUGAGAGACCACAGCGAGAACGAAGACCUCCAGAAUGGUUUGUUAACAAUGAUAUGAACUUUUAA